UAAGCCUGUGAAGCCCUCUAGCUGCCUCGCUUUCAUCUCUCCCUCCAGUCUCCCUUCUGAACCAUGGCUACGCUGAAGUCCUAUGUGUCCAAGUUCAAAUCCUUCGUGAUUUUGUUCUUCACCCCUAUCCUGCUGCUGCCACUCGUCAUUCUGGCACCCUACAAGUUUGUCAGGUGUGCCUAUGUCAUCCUCAUCAUGGCUAUCUACUGGUGCACAGAUGUCAUCCCAGUGGCUGCCACCUCCCUCUUGCCCAUCUUGCUCUUCCCACUCUUGAAGAUACUGGACUCCAAGAAGGUGUGUCUCCAGUACAUGAAGGACACCAACGUGCUGUUCCUGGGCAGCCUCAUCGUGGCUGUGGCUGUGGAGCGCUGGAGAUUGCACAAGAGGAUUGCUGUGCGUAUGCUGCUCUUUUUGGGGACUGACCCCACACGGCUGAUGCUGGGCUUUAUGUGCGUCACAGCCUUCCUGUCCAUGUGGAUCAGCAACACUGCCACCACAGCCAUGAUGGUGCCCAUUGUGGAGGCCAUGCUGCAGCAGAUGGUAGCCACGAGCAAAGCCAGGGAUAUCCAGCAGGAGUCACUGGAGAUGGAGGACAAGGACAAAGAGAGAGAGCUGCCAGAAGCAGCCAGGGAGCUGCCUGGCACAGCCAGCGAGUUGCCAAGUGCAACCAGUGAACUGCCAGGUGCAGCCAGCAAGCUGCCAAGUGCAGCUAGCCAGUUGCCAGGAAACCAAGUGGUACUUGAAGACACCACUGACCAGAAGCAGGAGGAAGAGGAUGAGAACACAAAGAACAUCUACAAAGCUAUGAACCUGUGUGUGUGCUAUGCAGCCAGCAUUGGGGGUACGGCUACUGUGACGGGGACAGGACCCAAUGUGGUGCUCCUCGGCCAGAUGCAAGAAUUGUUUCCUGACAAUAAAGACAUCGUGAACUUUGCCUCCUGGUUUGCAUUUGCCUUCCCCAACAUGGUGAUCAUGCUGGUGCUCUCCUGGGCGUGGCUUCAGGGCUUUUACUUGAGACCCAAUUCCAAAAAAUCUCACACCUCCCCUGGGUUGAAGAAGAAGAACAAAGAAAUUGCCAACCAAGUGCUGCUAGAGGAACACAGGAAGCUGGGGCCCAUGACCUUUGCUGAAUACAGCGUGCUCAUCUGCUUCCUCCUGCUCAUCUUCCUGUGGUUUUCCCGCGACCCCGGCUUCAUGCCUGGCUGGAUGUCCAUCGCCUGGAUUGAAGGAAAGACCAAAUACGCCACUGAUGCCACGGUGGCCGUGUUUGUGGCCAUCUUGCUUUUCAUUGUACCUUCACAGAAGCCCAAGUUCAACUUCCGCAACCAGACCGAGGAAGAAUGGAAAGCUCCGUUCUAUCCCCCAGCACUUCUGAAUUGGAAGGUCACCCAGGAAAAAGUGCCUUGGGGUGUCGUGAUACUCCUGGGGGGUGGAUUUGCUGUGGCAAAAGGAUGCGAGACCUCAGGGCUCUCUGAGUGGAUGGCGAAGCAAAUGGAACCCUUGAGCUCAGUGAGCCCGGCUGCCAUCUCCUUGAUCUUGACCUGUCUUGUUGCUGCGGCCACUGAGUGCACAAGUAACGUGGCCACCACCACCCUGUUCUUGCCCAUCUUUGCCUCCAUGUCUCGUUCCAUUGGCAUCCAUCCGUUGUACGUCAUGAUCCCAUGCACGCUGAGUGCAUCCCUUGCCUUCAUGUUGCCUGUCGCCACCCCGCCUAAUGCCAUCGUGUUUGCCUACGGACACCUGAAGGUUUCUGACAUGAUGAAGGCGGGACUCAUGAUGAAUGUCAUUGGCAUCUCCUGUGUGUUUCUGUCAGUCAACACCUGGGGACAAUCCAUGUUUAGCUUGGAUACUUUUCCUGACUGGGCUAAUUCGACAGUUAAGACUUAGAAAGAGCCACAAGACUAUAUGCAUGCCCCCUACCCUUCUGAGAACUAUGAACCUUCUGACACACCUUGCACAAAGCAUUGGGGCUCACACCCCAAUGUGACCCAAUAAUGCCAACACCCCAAGAAGACCUAGCCAACUAGCUACCUUCCCCAGGGUUCAGAUGCAGAGAUAGUGAUGGGCGAAUGGAAGAUAGGCUCAGAAGUGAAGGGAGCCUCUUUCAGAGGCUAUAAGGCCUAGUUUUCCUUGACCUUGUCAUCUCCUCUGGGGUAGGCAGAAAACAAAGGAACCAGGACUCAGGAUCCUGUACUACCUGACUUUGAAAAGCCAUUCUUAUGGCCCCAUACUAAACUCUGGUCCUCACCUACUUAGUCCUAAGAUGUCCACAUGAGGACCAGAUCCCUAGGUUGGGAGCUGAGAAAAUAACUUGCCAGCCCCCGUGCCUCUUCUGGCUGCCCCAGAUCAUCUGUCACUCUGAAGGGGACUUCCCAGAUAGGAUAAGAUGUCUUAUCUUGGGCAGCUUCCCACUGCUGGAGUGUGAGUAGGAGUCAGGGCCUCCCAGAGACUCAGACCCUUGUAUGGUGCCAUCUCCAAAGGCUGAGCAACUUGAGGUGUUAACAUCAUAUCCCUGCCUUCUGCUUACAUCUCACCCUUGGUUGACCUGUCCUCUCUGUAUCUCAUUUCAUAUUAACUAACAAUUUGAACCCCUUUCCCAGCUGUCCAGUGACCUUCCAUCAGUCUUCCAGUGAGUGACCAUCCCUCUGUUGUCUGGGCCAGCUCUGCUCAGUUCCCUGGCUGGGACCUCCCAAGACAUUCUCUGUUUUCCUAGGGAGCUCGGUUUGGCUCUUCUGGAAGAUGCUUUUCCUGCCAACCUCACAUGGCUGGGAUCACACUCCAAGGAUGGGCAGUGAUGUCUCUUUGGGGGUUAGUGGGCUGUCUGGAUGUUCCCUCAGCGAGACCCAGAGUAGACUCAGCAGCUCAUUUCCAAUGGCCAGACCACUGCACAGGGUGUCUGUCCUGCUGUAGUUUGUGCUCCUCUGGAACGCCUUCCCUUGGUGGGUUGUGCAUUGCAACCAGGCCUAGUGGCAAUGGAGCAUGGCCAAGAAUAAGUGGUGCUUGUUGGUCCCUGAGCAGACAGAGCAAACCCACCUGGAGAUCCAAGGAAUGACUUCAGCGUGGCUGCGGGAACCCACAAGACCCCCCACAUGAGAGGGAGAUGGAAGAGGAAGCUCUCCCUUGUUCCCCAGUGACACUGUGCCCCUGCUUGUAUUCCUCUGGAAAGAAGCAGUGACAGGUAAAUAAGGUCCAUGGAUGGCAAUUUUCUGGACAGGAGACAGUUUGGGGACCCAAGAAAUCCCCAUCAAAGACCAAAUGUGUGCCUGGUUCCUUGGGAGGGAUGACUCCUGCCCGCACUGCUGAGGGCUUGCUCUUGUCAAAUACUGUCAGCUAUGGAAAGUUCCAGUAUGCUAACUGGUCUCUGAUUUUGUGCCUUGUAGGGGAAACGGGGAGUUAGAUGAAUAAAGAAUUACUCUAUUUA